GAUCGUAUCAGCGAGUAAAGAUCAACGCGGCUGAGCGCUGAUAAGAAUUCAUAUAAGAUCUUGCAAAUUUUGAUCACACGGGUUCACGAUGAAGCUCGCCAUUCUUUUUGCAGUUUUAUGUGGCCUUGUACUUUCUAUGCCCAAAGCAUCGAAACGUGGCAUUGAUGAGUGCGGUGCCAAAGACAUUAAACGAUACAUAUUCCUUGCCACUGGAAAUGACAAGAUGGAUAUUGUCUGCGAAAUGUGCUUGGAUUUAGUCCUUAUUGCCGAAACCUACGCCGAAUGUGAAGAAGAACAAGUGGCCGAAAUUUUGGAGAAGAAGUGCGACAAAGACUUUAGCUCGGCAGCUACUGAUAAACUCUGCCGUAGUAUGGUUAAGCAAAUCGCUCAUGAAGUUAUCACGGAUACAGAGCAAGAUCCGACCAAAACCUGUUAUAAGGUCAUCCACAAACAAUGCACCUACAGUGCAAUUUGAACAACAUUUAAGAAAAUAAAUAAUACAGC